GACAACUGCCAGACGUUAGAAUAUUCAAAUCAAAAUUUCAUGCGGCAGUAGUGUUUAAAUCUUGAAACUUGUCACACUUAACACGAAAAAAAAACCUGAGCGUGUCUCCAUCUCCCUCGUUUUGCAAUCUCGAUCUUAAAUGUACGAAGUGGAACACCUGCAAUUAUGCGAUGCGGAAAGAGUGAAACGCAUAGAAGUCAUGCUGGAGGGCCUGCAACUGGACAAUGUUACGCUGGAACGCAUUCGCCAGGUGUUCAGGAGUGAAAUGGACUUGGCCUUGAAAAUGCAACCAUCUUCGCUGCAAAUGGAGAACACCUACAUACCAGAACUGCCCGAUGGCACUGAGAGUGGCACCUACUUGGCCAUGGAUUUGGGGGGCACCAAUCUGCGCAUGCUUCUGCUAACCUUGGAACAGGGUCAGGCGGUCAAUGAAAUUGUGCAACACUAUCCUUUGCCUGAGCAUUUACGUAUUGGCGAUGGUGAUGCCUUAUUCGAUUAUCUGGCUCAGUGUGUGGACAGUUUUGCGCGCGAACAACAACUCGAUGAGGAACAUGUGUAUUCGAUGGGCUUUACCUUCUCCUUCCCCAUGCGGCAGAGCUCAUUGGAUUCGGGGAUAUUGGUAACAUGGACCAAGUCCUUCAAUUGCCCUUCGGUGGUGGGCCAAGAUGCAGUAAAGCUGUUGAGAAAAUUCCUCAAAAAACAUCAACGCCACAAUGUGGAAAUAGUGGCCAUUUUAAAUGAUACCACCGGCACUCUCAUGCAUGGGGCCAUUAUGGACCGCAAUACCCGCAUAGGCAUUGUCUUGGGCACCGGCUCCAAUGGAUGUUAUAUGGAACGCAGCUCAAGAGUCUUGCAUUGGGAACAACAACGUCAUGGCGAGCGCCAUGUCAUAGUCGAUGUGGAAUGGGGUGCCUUUGGGGACAAUGGCGUCUUGGAUUUCAUAAAAACGGACUACGAUCGUCAGGUGGACGAGGGUUCGCUGCUUAAGAACUCCUUUACUUUCGAGAAAUACAUCAGCGGCAAAUAUUUGGGGGAAUUGUGUCGUUGCAUUUUGGCCCGCCUACAUGCAGCGAAUUUGUUUCUACCCCAUUUGGCCAGCGAACAUUUUCCCCAGCCCUGGACUUUUGGCUCAGACAAUGUCAGUGUCAUCGAACAAGGCACUCUGGACGAUAGCUGGACCAGUGUAGAGACCAUAGUUCGGGAGAAAUUCAAUGCCUCUCAUUACGACACAGAUGAUUUGAAAAUAAUACGCCAUGUUUGUGGUUUAAUUUCGAAACGAGCUGCCCAACUUGUCGCCCUCAAUACCUCAGUGCUAUUGAAUGGCAUGGCCCCCGAGGAGGGCCAAAAUAUAACCAUAGCCAUUGAUGGCUCCGUCUACAAACACCACACUAGGCUGCGCCAAUGGAUUAUCGAUUACACCGCACUCUGGACACGAGAUAAGACCACCAAAUACCUGCUGGCCACCGAUGGCAGUGGCAAGGGGGCCGCCGUAGUGGCCGCCAUAGCUGAGAAAUUGCGACGCCGCAACUCAUGAAAUAUUGAGUUGGGACUAAUUGUUGUGAUCUGUUGUUUUUGUUAAAUAAUUUUAAUUAGAAUAAUUUACGAAAGAUAAUGGCACAGUGUUGUUACUGUAAAUUUUGAGAAAAAUAGCUGUUAAUUAAAGAAAAAAUUCAAAAAGAUACGAGAAAAAAGCAUUGAAUCCAUUUAAAAUUAGCUUCCUCAUUAGUUAUUUAUUAAUGUCUAACAUGUCAACCGAGUCGCGUGUUGCACUAAACAAAAGACCAACAAGUAUCAAUGGUGGAGACCCAUGUGAACGCCUUAAAUUCUAAUCUCUAUGCAUGACCGUCCUCACUUGCAUGAAUGACAUGAAUGUAGUGAUAAGAAACACAACAUUCAUUACAAAAACCCCUCACAUCGAAUAUACAGAAAUGUUGAAAAAUAAAAUACUAGAGGACCAAAA